CCAUAUAUAAAACGUAAUGUAACUUAACAGUGAUAUAUUUAUAUAUAACAGCGCUAGUCCUACUAGAUCCAUGGAGGAACCAAAGACAAUGCUUCGGAAAAUACUUCCUGUUGAUUACCCGUCAGUGAUCUUGAGCGCUAGUAGCGAAUCUCAGGAAAGUGGGGCUGUUUGGGGAUCUAUCGGCUUACCAAUAUUUACCAUAGAAGAUGCGAUGGUAUGGAUUGACCUGUUUGAAAGAAAAAACUUUACAACAUAUAGUUCAAAAGAAAAUUGGACACAUGAUGAAAAAAAGUCAUUUUUUAAGAGAAAAUUUACUUGCAAUCAGCAGGCUACUGAGGAGUCUAAUGGGGAACUCACUUGCGAAGCUUACAUCGAGUUCACCGUUAAGGACAGAAAGGAAAAUAUGACUACCCUUGGCUGCUAUUUGCAAGAUUACCCCGCUCAAGUAACAAUCAACUUUUGCCACAACCAUAAAAUCGGCAUGGAAAGCGCACCACCGUCCGACAACUUGACUGCAAUAUUUAGGGCGUACUUUGCCAAAGGCCAUUCGCCCUUAACCGCCCUUUUUUGCCAUAAAUGCGAUCUGCAUAGUUUCUACGAUGCAGAUUUUUACAACGUUAUCUCACAAGAGAGCGUUUGUCCGUCGAUAAACUGGUGCUACCAGGAAUAUGAGAAACUAUUUAAUCAAAAGUAUGUGGAACCAUCUGACAUUGAACUGAUCCCGAAACUGAAAACCAGCGUGGAGAAUUACAACGGCAAAUAUGCUCAAAAAUGUGCGGUGUUAAUGGACAACCCCCUGGUAUUGUCAAUUUGCACGCCUCUGAUGAAGCAGGUAUUUAAUUCGGGGUUUGCUGAUGAUCGCAUCAUUGUACGAACGCUGUCUAGUUCGAAACCGGGACAAAAGUGUCCAAAUCUGGUUUUAUUUUUGGGUUCCACGCCCAUGGGCCCGUUUCCGUUUGGGAUGGUGUUUGCAUUGACACAAAACGAAAAUGUAAUUUGUGACGGCAUCAAAACCCUUUUUGGAACUUUGGGCAGCGUUUCUUAUAAUCCAAAACUGAUUAUUGUUGAUCAAUAUUGUCUGAUCACUGAUGGUUUGAAGAAUAUAUUCCCUUUAGCAGAAAUCAUGUUUAAUAAGAUACAAAUAUUACAAUCGAUUUGGCGCAGCCUUCGACUUGCUCAUGAUGACUGUAAAGAGUUUCACGCCACAUAUAACGCGUUUCUUGUUGCUUUGAACAGCAAAUCGUCAAAAGAGUUUGAAAAUAACGCGGAUAAGUUGAAUAUUUAUGCGGAAACGUAUUCUAAAAUGUAUGACCUUGUUCAGAUUUUCCAAACCUGUGCAAAGAGAAAUAUUGAUGCAGGAUAUGAACUCAACGUUGACUACAUGGACGGUGGAACGUUAAUGCUUCAAGAUGUUUGCAUUAAAUAUGCCAAUAUUUUUAACAUUUUACAGGUGUUCGACUUUGUAACUGAAAACUAUGUGCGCCAUUAUGAGCGUAAGUUGGGCAAAAUAGUCCAGGGAGAUUCGCAAGGUUUUUUUAAAACUAAUUUUUAUGCCUCUCCAGAUGAAACAGCGAAUUUCACUUGCCGAAAAAUAGCAGACUGCGAGUUUGUCGUUAGUAGUCUUAACACCGACUUUUUUAUUAACAGUGAACUGAACACUUGCACUUGUCAGGUAAUGGAAUUUGGUAGAUCUUGCAUCCAUCAGUAUUUGGCGGAAAACCAUCUCGAAAGUGUUCCAGAAUCUUACAACACUUUAGCCAUUGAUUCCUUACAUGCUUUUCAAACAAUUUUAUCGUACAAAAUCCACUAUUACUCAAACGAUGUCGGUGGCGUAAGCAAUGAAGAUAGUGCUGCUUUUAAAGAACUUGGAAGCAUUAUUAGACACCGACACAAUGGAAAUAGUAAUAUGAACAGUCCCUGUAGGCGUCUUGUUGAUUCUCAACGAACGUUCAAGUUAGAAGAAAGCCUGUUUUGUUUAGAAACUACAGAUUUUGAAUAUCAGACUUGCGAUGUGGAUUUAUGCAAAGAGAAUUCUAAACAAAGCGAAAAAUCGACGAGCAUUCAAAAUUUGGAAAAGGGCAAGGCAGCCAGGGAAAUUGCCGAAUUUCUUGAUUUCGAACACUUAAUUACAUCUAAUGAUAUUGAAGAUGUUUCUUCGAAAACCUCUGAAGCACUAAAUAGUGAACGCAAUAAAAUCACGUUACAGAGUUCUGGGACAGACUGUAUUUUCGACGAGGGACUACAUUUGCUGGAAGAAUCACAUAUUGAAACAGAUCCAAACAGCCUGAUCAAACGACACAAAACCAAUAAAGAUUUAGAAAUAGAUUAUAACAUUAAUACGACUUACGAUUUAUAUAAAGUAUUUAAUAAUGAAAAGGAAUUAAAGGCUGCCAGUUAUAAACCAAGCAACAAAUCAAGUUCUAAACCAAAAUGCUAUAUAAAUAAAAAGAAGCUUAACUUAAAGCGUGUUCGAAACGGUUUCCAGUAUGGGCCAGAUGGUAGUUCCAACGUUUUCUCUGGUGAAUUGGUAAAAAAGCUAUUUCAUGAAGUAUACAGCAACAAUUACCAACCAGAAAUUCGAGAAUUUACCUUUGAACCUAUUAAAAACGUCAUUAUACCGAAUGGGGCCAUAAACUUCGACUCGCCUAAUAAAAGUACUUUUGACCUUACGACGGAUAAAGAAGUAUUAACUCUUAGUGAUCCGGAAUUAUCGUUUCUAUUGAAAAAUCCUCAAGUGAACAUUUUCCUUAACGUAGAAAAUGGUUCCAAUCACUCAGCAAACGCAACCCCAAUUAUCAGUUCAUUGAAUGAAUCUCUGCAAAGUAGUACAAUAAUCGAUUUAACUUUGGGCGAAUCCAGUAAAAGAGUCACGAGAUCUAGAAGAACACAAACAGACAAUAAGAAAUCAAUUUCGUCAGAUAAGGAGCAAGAGAAAAACGAGAAAGAAUCAAGGCCUAAACAAUUAGCAAAAUCAAAGAGCAAAGCAAGAGGUAAAUUGGGAGAAGAACCAGUGCAAAACAAAAUAAGUAUCAGUGAAAACUGUAAUAAAUCUGUAUCUCCGGAUGUCCCCCGGGCCAAUGGCCCCAACCGAAAAGAAAGGUCCAAAAAAAAAUCAAAGAAGUCUGAUAAACGACGUGUAAAAAAUAAACACCCAGAGAGUAAAAGCGAUAAUAAUCCAUCCAUACUGUCGCAAGAUACAGCAAGUAAAGAGGAAGUUAGAGAACUAGCUAAGGAAUUAAGGAAACCUACCGUAAUAAACAAACUAGAAAUGAGCGAAAACUGUAAUACAUCGAUUGCCUCAACCCCCCCAGCAAAGAGACCUCGAAAAAGCAAUAAGAAAUCGAGUAAACUACCUUCAAACAACAAAAUUAAGCGGAGGGAAGACGGUAACAAAUAUGUGCAGGCACGGGAUGCAGCAAAUAUGAAAAAAGCUCAAAAAAGUGUUAAUGGAUUAAAGGAACCAGUUCCAAUAAACAAAGGUAUCAUGCAUGAAAAGUGUGAUAAUCCUAUUGUCUCAAACCCCCCCGCAAAUAAACCUCGAAAAAUCAAAAAUAAAUCAGCUAAACUACAUUUAAGCAACAAAAUUAAACGGAGUGUAGAGUGUAGCAAACCUGUACGGUCGCAAGGAGCCGUAAAUGUGAAGAGGCCUCGAACAGCUGUUGGGGAAUCACAGAAAGAGAGUGAAAAAUACCAUAAACAGAUAGACAGGAAAUUAGAUCAACUACCAUUGAAUAAACAAGCUGAUGAACCAAAAAAAUUUCAAGUCACAGCAAAGAGACCAAUAACAAGACCUAGAGAAAUAAUUGGGAAAUCUGAAAAUACUUUUGAAGGGACCAUAAAUAGAUAUAAAUUGCGUUCAUCUUUAAAUAACUCCAGCUACCAAGAUGAUGAAAGCUCACCGCCAGCAAAAAGGCCAAGGGAGAGAGCUGACCAAUUCAAACUUCACUCAAACAUCAACAAUGAUAUAAAAUCAAUGAGUUUAUCUCCAAAUAAUUAUAGAAAACUCGAAGAAUCUUCCAAUUUCAAUGAUCGAGAAACGUAUCCAAGAAGAACCCAGCGAAAAUUAACUGAGCGACUACAAGUUAAUUCAGAACGGCGGGUCUCAAUUAAAACUAAUUUAAAUUCGUCCUGUGAUAGUUUGAAAAACAUUUGUAGAACAUCUUCAACGGUUAUUAAAAAAUUAAGAACCCGUGCUAAAAAAACCGUGUCUAAUGGGAACUUGAAUACACCAUGUUUAGGUCAAAAUGGGACAACUUUACAAGUUGAUAAGGCUGGUUCCACUAGUUUGUCGGAAGAACCUGACAUUCCGCUAAACCGCAGAGUAUUACAAGUAGAGUUAGAAACAUUAAUAUUUGACAAAGAUAAAUUUAAAAAUCUUAAAACAGGUCUGGCUUUGAAAUCAAGUUGUAGUCGAUUUUCUGACGAUUUGCUUCAUAUUCCUAACAAUGGAGCUGUUGAGUGCAUGCAAAAUACUACUGAGGGAAAAAAUGCAAGAAAAGUUAAAAGAAUCAGUUCAACUAGAAAAAAAUGUUAAGUUUUAAUGACAAAUAAUAGAACACGGGUAAACACAUCGAAUAUGAAAAAAAUUAACGGAAAUUACAAAGCAAAAGAGUUGCGAUUAUUUUGGUUCUAAAUUUGCAGAUAUUUUUAUUAUUUAAGUUAGUUCGGUGAGCUGUAAGUGAAAUGCUUGACGUUGCAAAUGUUGCUCAAAUUUUAGUUAGAGUUAUAAAUUGAUAUUUAGUUUUAAGUUAGUUUAGGUUAAAAUAAAAUCGU